AUGGCAGAUGAUGAUCGAGAAAACCGUAAUAUACAUGUAUUAGUAGCUGAAGACGAUAAUUUUUAACGUUUAGCAUUAAUAGACGUCCUUACAUUGUGUAAUUACCAAGUCACAGACGUUGAGAACGGUCGUUUAGCUCGAGAUGAGUUAUUAAAAGAAGAUUCUAACAUAGAUGUAGUAUUAUUAGAUCUAUGGAUGCCCGAGAUGGAUGGCUGGGAGUUAUUAUGCUUAAUGUAGAACUAUGAAAAGCUUCGAAAUAUUCCAGUAAUAAUGAUGAGUGCUGAUAAUGAAUAGGAGAAAGUAGCUUUAUGUCUAGCUCACGGGGCUAAGGAUUAUUUAGUAAAGCCUAUAAGAAUAUAGAUGGUAAAAGGUAUAGCUAAUCAUGUGAUUUCUAGUAAUAAAUUAAAGACAAAUCCAGGAGGAAAGGUGACUUAUAAAAAAAUAAGAACACUAGGAUAAGGAGCUAGUGGGAGUGUUGAAUUAGUUUAAAGAUCUAAUGAUAAUUAACUUUUUGCUUUAAAGACUAUAUCUAUGAAAUUUAUGAAUGAAACUGAAAAAAAAAUGGCGGAAUCAGAAGUCACAUUAUUAAAAGUAUUAGUUGCCCCAACUAUUAUUAGAUAUUAUGAUUCAUAUAUAGAGAAUGAUACUAUAAAUAUAGUUAUGGAAUAUGCAAAAGAAGGCGCUUUAUCAGAUAAAAUAAAUGAAUGUAAAAUAAAAGGAAUACACAUUUCUGAUGAAAAUAUAUUAUAUAAUAUAACUUAAUUAAUUAUAGCAGUACUUUUUAUGCAUGAUAAAAACAUACUUCAUAGAGACAUUAAAACCUAGAAUUUAUUCCUUACAAAAGAGAACGUAGUAAAACUAGGAGACUUCGGUAUAUCUAAAGCCCUAGGAACAAAUGCCGAUUUAACCAAAACACUAGUCGGAACUCCUUAUUUUAUGUCCCCUGAAGUAUGUAAUGGUGACACAUAUGGUUAAAAAGCCGAUAUAUGGGCUAUAGGAUGUGCCUUAUAUGAAAUGGCUAUGUUAAAAAGACCAUUUGAUAACGAUAAUAUAAAUAUACUGUUUUCUAAAAUAAAAAAUGAAGAACCACCACCUUUAAGUGAUCAUAUAAGUAGUGAUAUAAGAAUGUUAUGCUCUCUGAUGUUAUAGAAAAACCCUUAAUUAAGACCUUCGGUUUGGGAUUUGGCAAAAAUAGAAUGUAUAUAGAAAAAUAUAAGCCGUUAUUAUGAAGAAGAGGCUAAAGAAGACCCUUUUUUGGUCGGAUAUUUAAAAGGGGGAGGAAAUUAGAGGAGAUAAAAUAAAGGAUUGGAAAAAUAGAAGAAUGGAUAGAAUGAAAAUAAUAAUUAAUAAUCGUCUAAUUAAUAGGGGAAUUCUUAGAAAAAUCAAGGGAAUGAAAAUGGAAGUAUUAUUCAAGAAUCGAAUAAUCAUAUAGAAGAAAUUAUUAGGAUUUUAAAUGAAAGUUUGACACCUUAUGAUGAAAAAAUUAGCGCUUUUAAAAUCGAAAGAGAUGUUAUUAAUGGAGAAUAGGUUUUUGAGUAAUUAAAGAAGUAUUAUCCGCUUUCAACUUAAGAUUAAGUAGGUAAAUUGGAAGAAUUAGUCAAUAAAAAAAUAUUUAUAUUAUUUAACACUUAAUUUUGA